ACAAGCCCAGUGUGUAUUUGCCUUCGAAACGCGUACGACGUGUGUAGAACACAACAAUAAAAUAACAGUAAUAAUAAUAAUAAAAACUAAAAACCCCUCAUAAUCAUUAUUAUUACAAUUCGUUUCGUUGUGCUUUGUUUUUAUUUUUCUAUUAUUAUUAAAAUAUACGACGAGUAUAUUGUCAAAAAAAGAAAAUAAGAAAAUAUUCUAAUUUUGUGUGUUCUGUGUUUUCGAUCUAAUUCACGAGAAAAUUUAAAAUUUAUUACAUUUUAUCUACUGCGCUGCAUUACCUACACUUUUAUCUAAAGCUGUUUACACCUUGCAAUUCUCUACUCCAUAUAACACAGUUAUACGAGCGACGGCGAUACGAGUAUACGAGUUUUAUUACUUACUUUUUAUUUGUUGUUGUCAAAAUCGUUAAAUAUAAUAUUUUUUACACUAAAAAAUUGUAUAUUAAUUUAUCUAUAUGAUAUUGCCUAUUGUAUAGUUAAACAAAAUAAAAUCAUUAUAAACGGAUGGUUGCGCCUAAAUCAAUCAAUCAAUCAAUAAAUAAAUAAAAAAAAAAUUAUAUACAAAAUUUAUAAGAAGCAAGAAAAUGCAACACAGUGUCGCCGCGAAGUGCAGCAGUAACAACAACAGUAACAUUAAGAGAACCAGCAGCAGUGAUUAGAGUAACCCAGCAACAUCGUUGCUCGCAACAUCGGGGAAGCAACAGAGAGCAGUGCAACAUCACCCAGCACUGCACUGCACUACCAUACCAGCAGCACAGUCAGCAGUCAGCUUCAGCACUGCUACUACAAAAACAACAACAACAACAACCAUUCAUCAAAUCAAUCGGCAACAGUAUUGAUGCAGCACGGGAAUUGCACGCAUUCAAUGUCUUCGUCUUCGUCGUCGUUGUUGUCGUGUCGGUUCGUCUCAAUCCAUAAAUUCGGUUUCGCGUUUUAACGUCGGGUCGCAUCAUCAUUAUUAUCAUCAUCGAAAACACAUCAUUUUUAUAUAAAUUAUAUUAUCUACCUGCCUACAACCAACUAUACUACAGUUAUACGAUUACGAUACGCCAUCUUUGUUGAUUUGUAGUCUAUGAAUUUUGAUUUUUAAAAUCACCAUUAAACCGGAUUUUGGGAAAAUUAAAUUUAAACAACAAAUAAAAAGAAAAAGUGCGCGCAUAUAUAAAUUAUAUUCUUUAACACAAAAAUGCAAUCAGCAGCACAUCUUUUAUGACAAAUGCCAGACAUGAAACUCUACUUUAAUAUAACGGUAACGGAUUUUCAAACACAGAGCUCAACUAUGGAACAUGUCACGUUUAACAGGCUGUCUUGAAAGUAGUAUCCCGCCAAAUUGUGUCAGUCUGGUCAGAAAUAGUGUCCAUCACUAUUUUCGUGCGAAACACAAGUUUUGUUUAUAAAAAUAAAAAAACAUUUAACCUAUAAUAUUUUUGUUUGUGAUUAAAAAACAAAAAAAUAGUACUUUAAUUCUGUAACUCUUAACACACCGUUCGGUCUUUUGAACUUAGUGAAAAUCGGUUUCGCGGUAAAAAAAUAAAUAUAAUAAUAAAAUCUUGUAUACGAUGCAACUUAUAUAUACAUAAAAAUACAAAAUAUAUAAAAUAUCCUUUCUAUAAUAAUUUUUUUUUCGUUUUGAAAUUGAUCUCAAAUUUUAAUUAAAAAAACAAAAACACGUGUAUACCUACAUUAAAUGACUAUAAAUCACCUUUUAACGCUAUAAAUUAUAUUUUUUCUGCACUUGAACUGUAAAAAAAUAAAUUAAUUAAACAUAAAACAAAAAUCCCCCAAAAGCAAGCAAAGGAUAACAAAUGUGCCUAUAAAAAAUAAAAAUAAAAAAAAAUUAUUCAACAAAAUUGUAUAUGACCAAAAUUUAAAUAAAAAAAAAUAAAAUAAAUUAUUGUGAAUUUUUUUCGUUUUUCUUUUCUACACAAAAAUAAAUAAAUUCAAAUAUUUCUCUCUAUCGCGCCAAAAAAAUAAAAUCAUUUAAAUUAAAUUAAAAAUUAAAAAAUCUAUUGUGAAUGUUAGUUAAAUUGUUUUUUAACUUAAAUAAAAAGAAAUAAAAUAAAAGAGAGUUAUAUAUAUAAAAGAAAAGGAUACAAAUAUUACAAACGUGAAAAAAAUAUAUAUUAUUAAAAUAAAGUGAAUUUUAUAAAUAAAUUAAAAGAGAAAUAUUAAUAAUAAUAAUUAAAGCAAGGAGCUAGCUGGCGGAUUUCGUUGGUUGCUUUUUGUUCGGGAAAAAGUAAUCAAUUUGUUCUUACAAAAGUGGCACAAGUCGGGCUGGACGUCGCUCCUCGAGCAUUAAUGGCUCAACCUAGGUACGAUGAUGGCCUGCAUGGCUAUAUGGAUUCUGGCGCAGCAGCAGCAGCUAUGUAUGAUCCACAUGUUGGACAUCGGCCGCCUGGAUUACAAGGCCUACCACCGCAUCAUUCACCACACAUGAGUCAUGCUGCAGCUGCGGCCACAGUUGGUAUGCAUGGCUAUCACACAGGAGCUGGGGGACACGGUACACCUAGUCAUGUAUCACCGGUUGCUAAUCAUUUAAUGGGUGCAAUACCCGAAGUACAUAAACGUGAUAAGGAUGCUAUUUAUGAACAUCCACUCUUUCCACUAUUGGCGCUUAUAUUUGAAAAAUGUGAAUUGGCCACAUGUACGCCUAGGGAACCUGGUGUACAAGGUGGUGAUGUAUGUUCGUCAGAAUCGUUUAAUGAGGAUAUAGCAAUGUUCAGUAAACAGAUAAGAUCACAAAAACCCUACUACACAGCGGAUCCCGAAGUAGAUUCACUUAUGGUGCAAGCAAUACAAGUACUUCGGUUUCACCUCUUAGAAUUAGAAAAAGUACAUGAAUUAUGCGAUAAUUUCUGUCAUCGGUAUAUAUCAUGUUUAAAGGGUAAAAUGCCAAUAGAUUUAGUGAUUGACGAACGGGACACCACCAAACCACCAGAAUUAGGUUCAGCUAAUGGUGAAGGAAGAAGUAAUGCCGAUUCAACAUCGCACACCGAUGGAGCUAGUACACCAGACGUUCGGCCUCCUAGUUCAUCCCUGUCAUACGGCGGCGCUAUGAACGAUGAUGCUAGAUCGCCGGGCGCUGGUAGUACACCUGGACCAUUAUCACAACAGGCACCUGUAUUAGACACAUCAGAUCCCGAUGGUAAGUUCUUAUCAUCAUCACAUAAUCCUACAGAACUAACAUAUGAUGGUCGAUGGUGUCGAAGAGAAUGGUCAUCGCCUGCAGAGGCUAGAAAUGCUGAUGCUUCCCGGCGGUUAUAUUCCUCAGUCUUCCUUGGUAGUCCUGGUGAUACCAGCAAUGCUAGUAUAGGUAGCGGCGAGGGUACGGGCGAAGAGGAUGACGAUGCGAAUGGUAAAAAGAACCAAAAGAAACGUGGCAUUUUCCCAAAAGUAGCAACAAAUAUUUUAAGAGCGUGGCUGUUUCAGCAUUUAACGCAUCCUUACCCCUCAGAGGACCAGAAAAAACAAUUAGCGCAAGAUACAGGUUUAACGAUAUUGCAAGUAAAUAAUUGGUUUAUUAAUGCGAGACGGAGAAUCGUGCAGCCGAUGAUUGACCAAUCGAAUAGAGCAGUGUAUACCCCGCAUGCAGGCCCAUCAGGCUAUGGACAUGAUGCAAUGGGUUAUAUGAUGGAUAGUCAAGCACAUAUGAUGCACCGUCCGCCCGGUGAUCCUGGCUUCCAUCAAGGUUAUCCUCAUUAUCCACCUGCCGAAUAUUAUGGACAACAUUUGUAAUCGCCCUCCAUCCUCCUUUCUCCAAAAUAAUUAGUUUGAGAGACACACACACACACCACACACAUCAAAUGAGAGAGACACCAUUUAAAACUUAAGGACCUUAGGAAACGCAAAUUCAGACAAAACAAAUGAAAAUAAAAUCACAUCAACAAUAUUUAAAAAGAAGAAUACAAUUUUAAAAUACCGUCUUAUGGAUAUAAAUUUUCCUUUGGGCCGGAUCGCACUUAAAGCCUCAGUGAAUUUAUUUUUCAUUUCUUUGGAAAUAAAAAAAACUGCAACAACAAGUCAUACAACAAAAUCAAUAACGAAACAAACAAAACAACAAAUAAAUAAAUUGUCUGCUUAAAGUCGCAUACCUGAUAUACGUAAACUUUUUUGUUUGUUUUUAAUUUAAUAAUUUUUUCAUUGUUUUUGAAAUUCGAUGCUUCAACAUAAAUUAUUUUUGCGUUUGAUUUUGGUUAAAAUGCAAGGAUUGAAGAAAAACUAGAGUUAACACUUAGUGAUUCAAAGUUCUGGCUACGCUUCAAAUCCACUUAUUUCAAAUUCUAUACUUCCGACGUAUUAAUAUUACUUAACAACAAUAACAAAAAUUAUGCAUCGGUGAUAAUUAUAUUCAUAAAAUAAUAUCCGUGCUAAACCAAAAAGUGUUUUAACCCUGAUAAUUAAAUAUUAUUAAUUUUUUUGUAAUUUAAUGUUUUUGGCGCAACCUCCUGAAAAAAAAUUAUAUAAAAUAUGUAUAAAUUAUACAUUUUGUUAACAAAAACCAUAUUAUUUGCCGAGUGUAAACACUCCCCCUUUAAAUUAAAACAAAAUGAAUUGUUUUCUUUUAUAAAUAUAUAAUUUUAUCCUCUACUUUAACACUUAAAAUUUUAAAUUUAACAAUUUUGUGAUUACUAAAUUUAGUGUUAAAUUAAAAAAAAUUAUAAUAAUUUAAACAAAUCAAGAUAGAAUUUCAUUAUCAUCCUCCCAUAAAUUUAAAAACAAAAAAAAACACUCUUGUACAAAUGAUUAUAAUUUAAAUUUAAAAAUUUGUUGAAUUGUUUAUUUUUUAUAUUUGAAAGAAUAAAAACAAAAUAUUUAAAAAAAAAAGAACGAUUUUACGGCUUUACAAACGGAAUACAGGAUAAAAAUACAUAUAAAAAAUAAAUUUACUUUUAGUUAAAAAUAGAGAAACAAACAAUUGUAAAAAUAAAACAAAUUGAAUCGAUCUCCUUUAACAGGACAAACAGACAACAACAAAAUAAAAACUUAAAACAAACAGCAAUAGUUUGCAAAGUAAACAAUGUAAAAAUAAAAACUUAUAGUUAUAAAUUUUAUACAAUACAAACAAAGAAAAAAAAAACUUAAAAAGUGGCAAUAUCAUAUAAAUAAAUUUCUUCAAUAAAAAAAUGAUAUUAUUAACAAAACAAAAAAAAUACAAUAGAAAAAUUCAAUAAAAAUAAAAUAUAAAAGAUGAAGAGAAUUAAGAAAACGUGUAAUUUUUGUGUAUACUUAUAUAAUAUUAAUUUUACUUAUAAUUAUAUUAUAAAUAAAUCAUAAAAAAAAAUCAAUUAGUUUAAAUGCUAGCCAAGUAAGUCCUAUAUUUUAAAUUAUGCAUAAUGUUAGUGAAUAGAGAGAUGGAGUAUGAUCAACAAUAAAACAAAAUUUAAAAAAAACAAAUAAACUGAAAAAUUAUAGUUUGAAUGUAAUGUUAAACUAUAUUUUUAUGUAUAAAUGAAAAAAUCCAAAAAGAAACAUUUUAAUAUUAUUUAAAAAUUAUAAAAAAAAACACCAGUUCAUAAAAACAAACAACUCACCCACAACAUCAAAUCAGUUAAUGAAUUUAGCAAAAAGUCUUUAAAAAAUAUUUAAAUAAAAAACACAACUUUAUAUAGAAAACAAAAAUCGUGUAAUGUAUAAAAAUAGAAUCACUAACUUAAAAAAGAUAAAUUUGCAUAAAUUAAAUCGUAAAUAUUAGAAAAAAAAAAAACAAAAUAUAUAAAUUUAAAAAAAUGAUAGAGAAGAAAAUCGAGCAACUAAGUAUACUUACUUUCGAAAUAGUAACUAACUGUAAUAUAUUAAAAAAAAAAAAACAAAAACAAAACAAUUGAAUAGAAAUGAAAAUCAUUUUUAAAUUAUUAUUUUUCGUCUUCUUCUUCUAAUUCUGAAAAUUAAUUUAAAUUUUCAUUUUACUUAAAAAAAAAUAA